GGUGAGCAAGACCUUCGUCUUGUGGGUUUUCAGGUGGUCAGCCGGAAGUCAAAUUCUGCCCUACCAGAACCUCUCCUGGUAGCGUACGACCCAGGGCUGGUCGUGCCGAGUUCCUUCGGGUAGUGCUUAGUAAUGUGCGUAGCCUAAGGAACAAGGUACACGAGGUGGGUCUACUUGUAGACAAAUCUCGUCCCGACAUGCUUGCUAUCACCGAAACGUGGCUGUCCCCGGAUAUCACAGACGGUGAAGUAUGUUUUCCUGGCUACACACUGCUUAGAUGCGAUCGCUCCGUUGGCCGCCCAGGUGGGGGCAUCGCUCUUUAUGUGAGUUGUAAACUCGAUGUGUUGAGGACCUGUGUGUUCCAGUCGCCGGAUCAAACUGUUGAAGCCCUCUCGACUAUUGUGUGCACUUCCUCCGCUCAGUUUACAGUUGUAGUGGUAUAUCGAAGUCCUGGAAGUAUCUCCAGGGAGGUUAUUGAAUUUAUUCGUACUCAGGCUGCCAAUAGGUGUCUAAUACUGGGUGACUUCAACCUCCCUGAAGUCUGCUGGGCUGAUCUAUCUUGCAGUUCGGCGGUGGGCACUUUCGGUUCGGAUCUCCUUGAGCUAACAUUGCAACUGCCUUUGCAUCAGUUCGUGGACCUCCCGACUAGAUAUAUGCGCAACCAAAUUCCGUCUACCUUGGAUCUCAUUUUUGCGAAGUCACACGAUUUCGUAAGUGAUAUUACCUACGACUGUCCUCUAGGAGCCAGUGACCAUGUCUGCAUAUCCUUUCGAUGUGCUCUAACUAAGUGUCAUCAAGCUACCGCUGAGGCAUGUCCAAAUAUUUGGCGGGCAGACUUUAACGCAAUGCGAGACAAAGCUUCAGUUUUGCGUUGUGCGAUCACCGUGGCUGACACCGUUGAGACAGCCUGGGAGAAAUUUAAGGCAUACCUCACCGAGAUCUCUGCUCCCCACAUCCCACUCACUAAGAGAAGGGUGACACGGGCGCAGCCUCCAUGGAUAGAUCAUACAGGUAAAUACCUGCUCAGGAAGCGCUCUAAGUGCUGGCGAACUUACCAAGCGGCUUCAUCAACCAGCACCUACGAAAGCUAUCGAGCGGUUAGAAAUAAAUGUAAGCAUCAUCUUAGAACUCUUCGUCUUCAGUACGAGGAGGAUUUGGCUAACGCAGCCGUAACAAACCCAAAGAAGUUCUUUGCUUACGUAAAGAGACGUAGCGGUACAAACUCGUCUAUACCGGCUUUACUACGAGCGGACGGGACCCAUGGGCAUACCGACUAUGAUAAUGCCUGUAUACUUAGCGAACAGUAUACUGGUGUCUUUUCUCAUGAGGCCUCUCUACCUCAGGUUGAGCUGGUCACAAAAGUUCCGGAGGAUUCUUGCCUAACUGAAAUAAGCAUAACGGAGACACAAGUCUUCGGGCUAUUGCAAGGGCUAAAUCCUUCCAAAGCUUCUGGCCCUGAUUCAAUUCAUCCGAAGCUGAUGCAUGAAUUGGCCGCUGAGCUAAGUGGCCCUCUGACAUGCAUGUUUACAAUAUCACUCGACAGCUGUGCCUUACCUUCGGAAUGGAAGAAGGCAAUCAUCUGUCCGAUUUUUAAGGGCGGGGACAGAGUUCUGCCCGCGAACUACCGGCCUGUCAGCUUAACAAGUGUAGUAGUUAAGUUGUUUGAAAAAUUGGUCAGGGAUUCGGUGGAGAAUCACCUGAUUAAGUUUAACCUUCUCAGUGCGGCCCAGCACGGAUUCCUUAAGGGAUUUUCAUGUCUGACAAAUUUACUUGUAGCUCGUGAAAGCUGGGCUGAGGCAGUAGACAACGGUCACGCCAUCGACGUGCUUUUCGUUGACUUCUCGAAAGCCUUUGAUACUGUCCCACAUCAACGACUCUCAUUGAAGUUGAGAUCGUAUGGGAUAUCUGGAGCCGCCCUUAAAUGGGUUUCUGCUUUCCUAGAGGGCAGAGAACAGUGUGUACGCGUGGGGCGUAGCCUUUCGCUUAGACAAGCUGUUCUUAGUGGCGUUCCGCAGGGCUCGGUUCUAGGGCCGUUGCUUUUCGCAAUUUAUGUCAAUGACCUACCCCAGGAGCUUGGAGUACCGUCGCUAUUGUUUGCUGAUGACCUCAAGCUCUGGAAUAUUGUGGAUAUCCCUGGUGGCUCUGAGGCACUUCAGAGUGCCUUGGAUAGGCUCUGGGAUUGGUCAACCUUAUGGUUGAUGCCCAUAAAUCAGGCGAAAUGUUCUGUCCUCCGCAUUGGAGGUGCUAGUCCCCCCACGCACUAUGUAGUUGGUGGAAGUGAACUCCCUGUUGUCAUUCAGCAGGUUGAUCUAGGUAUCACCCAUACCUCAUUGCUUCACUCUGGGGAAAAUUGGAGGAAGGCUGCUUGUAGAGGGUUCCGUAUGAUGUGGUUUAUUCGCCGCUCCUUCGGUGUCCUAACGGCCAAUAUCUUUGUGAAGCUGUUCUCAGCUUUUGUGCGACCUCACUUAGAGUACUGUAUCCAGGCUUGUCCACCUUGUCUUGUAAGGGACAAAAUGGAACUGGAGAGGGUUUUGCGAGUGGGUACAAGGUUAGUGCAAGGAUUACGGGGGCAAACGUAUCCCGAACGUUUGCUUAGCUUGGGUAUGUACUCAAUGCACUACCGCAGAAUUAGAGGAGACUUGAUUCUCACUUACCGUAUCUUAACAGGUAAGAUCGGUCCAGACUUGUCCUGGCUAUUUAGUCCCGCCAAGCUGCCUAGUCUCCGAGGUCACCCGUUGAAGCUGCACAAACAGCGUUCUGACCGGGUAAGGACGGAAACUCGCUUGUCGCGUCGAGUUAUUGAACGUUGGAACUCGCUUCCGGCGCACGUGGUUAGGGAGUCUACGGUAGAGGGUUUCGAGCGUCAGUUAGAUGCUCUUGGGUGGCAGUACCAAACCUUCCCCUUCUCCUAACCGACUUGUAUCUUCAACUUUCCCUUCGUUCUUUUUUAAUUUCUUCUCACCUUGGUAUUAUCAUUAUUUAGCUGACAUUCCUCCUCUUGUUUUCUUAGCUUACCCUUCACUCUUUUACUUCACAUAAACCGCCCUGGCAGGGACUGCUGGGCAGGAAAAUGUGGGCAGUAAUUGGUUGGACAGGGUGUGAUGCGGUCUUUGUUUUAGGCUUUUCAACAUCUCAAGCAGACCUGUCAAUUCCCGAUCCAACGAUACGCAAAAGAAGGAACAUUCACGGGAUUAUCCUAUCGUUCCGGUCCCAACUGAACUUGAACU